AGCCAGGGGCCCAGUGGGGAGCCCCUCCGCCCCUCUCGCUACAGAGAGAGGCGUGCACGUGGGUGUCACUCUAUCCCAGCCGCACGGACACACAACACAAAGUACAAAGAAGCGAGGACACCCUGCAGCACACAACGCACCUGACGGAUCACUUUGGGUUUCUCUUUUGGAUAUAACUUUUACUGUGCGGGUUUAUUUGGUGCUGAAGUGCUAACGUUUGAAGUCGGGACUUGUUGUCCUUUUGGGGGAGUUUCACGUGUCUGCAUUUGGCACCAGACUCAUCUGUCAUCGCCUGGCACUGGGUGCCUGGAGCUGCCAAAGUCAUGCCGGCCGGGUUUCAGCAACUCGGAGGGGAGACAGUGACGGGAACCUUUGUUCUCUCAGUCUUCACUGCCGUCCUGGGAUCUCUGGAGUUUGGGUACAACAUUGGCGUCAUCAAUGCACCCCAGAAGAUGAUUGAGCAGGACUAUAAUGCGACAUGGUUGCAUCGGUAUGGAGAACCCAUCCCCAGUGGGACCCUCACCUCCCUCUGGUCUCUGUCCGUGGCCAUCUUCUCCAUCGGUGGCAUGUUGUCCGCCUUCUGCUUGGGCUUCGUUUCUGAGUGGCUGGGCAGGAGGAAAGCCAUGCUCAUAAACAACUUGUUCGCCUUCAUCGGUGGAAGUCUGAUGGGGUUGUCCAAGCUCUGCCACUCCUUUGAAAUGAUGAUCCUCGGACGCUUUAUCAUCGGUGCCUACUGUGGAUUAGCAUCAGGCUUGACACCGAUGUAUGUGGGUGAGAUAGCUCCCACAAGUCUGCGAGGGGCACUGGGCACGCUGCACCAACUGGCUAUAGUCACUGGUAUUCUUAUAGCACAGAUCCUGGGUCUGGAGGUGUUACUGGGCAGUAAGGAGUUGUGGCCAGUCCUGCUGGGUUUAACUGUCGUGCCGACUGUACUUCAGAUGGCAUUUCUGCCUUUCUGCCCCGAGAGCCCCCGCUUCCUCUACAUCGUCCGCUGCCAGGAGCACCAGGCCAAGAGAGGCCUGAGGAGGCUGACAGGCAGGCUGGAGGUGGGCGACAUGCUGGCAGAGAUGAAGGAGGAGAAGAGGAAGAUGGACAUGGAGAGGAAGGUGUCCAUCCUGGAGCUCUUCCGUUCUCCACUGUACCGCCAGCCCAUCAUCAUUUCCAUCCUGCUGCAGCUCUCCCAGCAGCUGUCUGGGGUCAAUGCAAUUUUCUACUACUCCACCAGUAUCUUCAUCAAGGCAGGAGUCCAGAGUCCAGUCUAUGCCACCAUAGGAGCAGGCGUGAUAAACUGCGCCUUCACCGUGGUCUCGCUCUUCCUGAUAGAGAGGAUGGGCCGACGGACGCUGCACAUGCUGGGACUUGGUGGGAUGUGUAUCUGUGCCGUCAUCAUGACCAUGGCUCUCGCUUUAUUGGACAGCGUUCCUUGGAUGAGCUACAUCUGCAUGCUGUCCAUCUUUGGCUUCGUGGCCUUCUUUGAGGUCGGUCCGGGUCCAAUCCCUUGGUUUUUCGUAGCUGAGCUGUUCUCUCAGGGUCCAAGGCCGGCUGCUAUGGCUGUGGCUGGCUUUUCCAACUGGACUGCCAACUUCAUCAUCGGCAUGAGCUUCCAAUAUAUUGCUGACCUUUGUGGGCCAUACGUCUUCCUGAUCUUCGCAGUACUCCUCCUCUUCUUCCUCAUCUUCACAUUCUUCCGGGUGCCAGAGACGCGGGGCAAGACCUUCGACCAGAUUGCAGCAAACUUCAACGAGCGAUCGGCGGGAGGAAUGAUGGAUAUGGACAUGGACAAGCCCAGCACCGAGCUGGACUACUUGGGGGAGGAAAGCAUCAACUGAGGAGUCCCUGCCUGGAGAGAUAUGGAACUGAGUACAGCUUGGGAUGAACUGUGUAUGUGGGCCCGACUUUUCUGACAUGUAUAUUGAGGUCAAUUGUUGUAUUCAUAGAGAUUGUGGUGCCAAAGCAGUGUUAAAGGUGUGUUUUGGAAUUGUCCUUUGCUGGUACCACUGCACUAUGAGGUUACAAAUUGAGCCUUGACAAAAGGCUUAAACCCUAUGGAGUAAGAGUUGACUACUGUAGUUUCAAGGUAUAAGAUGCACAUAAGAACAAAGUUUUUGGACUCUCAAGGCAUUGACUGCCAACGUGGUAGAAUUUAAGUCCAUGGCGAUGCACUCAGUUGCAAUAUUGACAGACGGAGGUGGAGACUUUGGAAUUCCUGCACUUUAACUACAAAGACAUCCAAAGUUUUCAGAGUUUGAAGGUAAAAACAAACAGAACAUAGGAUAUAUAGCCAUGGAGUUAAGUAUGCUUGCCUAUUAUGUACCAAAGUUGGGAACACUCUAGAUGCGUAAAGAUUGAAACACAUUUAAUUGAUGAACUGAACAGAAUAGUAUGUCUGAAAGUUGUAAAAUAAAUCCAACGUUUCCACUUACAGUUACUUGGGCUGGGUAUUAAGCAAAUACUUUUUUGGUACAGACUGAAAUGUUUCCGUAACGCGUAUUGAAAACAUUCAGGAAAAUUGUCAAGUACAGAAAGCAUCAAAUCCUUGACCACAUUUGUUACCUUUUUAACUUAUUCUUUGAUUUGGAGCACCCUGGUAGCUCAUCCCCAACCAUUUCUGGUCACUUUCUUGCAAAACGCCAGAAAAACAAUUUAUUCUUUAAUCACACAAUUUAAAAUUAAAAAGAUCAUUUUAAUUAAUUUAGGCAAAAUUCUCAUAUGGGUGCUCAGAAAUAAUCUCCAAGCAGGUCCUCUUCCACGGAGGGCCGCCCAUGUUCUACAGU